AUGUCCUUCGAUACAAUUGCCAAUUCGCGUUUUUUAAUACGCGCACUCACCUUUUUGGGACUUUGGCCUGUGGUCAUUGGCAAUGGCGGGGGCUCGUGGUUCAAACGAUAUUACCGCUGCUAUCAACUUUUCUUACACAUUACACUUACGUUUACACUUUCACUACUCAUGUGGCUCGAUGUGAUCUUCAGUGACAAUCUGGACCAUGCUACCCAAGUGCUAAAAUUCUUACUCACCGAAAUGAGUUUGGUGCUGAAAAUUUUCAACAUCUGGCACUACUCACUAAAGGCUGCAGGUUUGCUGCAUGAAUGGCAGAUGAGUGAACUUUUCGUGCUGCAGACGGUCGGCGAGCAGGAGAUGUGGCGAUGCGCACAACGUGCCUUUCAUAAAGUGGUUAUUUUCUAUGUCGGCUGCAGCUUUAACGCGGCCAUCUGUGCAUUUGUUGCGGUGCCGUUUAUGAAUACGCGCGAGCUGCCAUUUCCAUUUUGGUUGCCACGAAAAUGGCGUGAGGACUAUUACUGGGCAAUGUACUUUUAUGAGUUCAUCGCAAUGCCGUUCACUUGUUUAUGCAACAUUCAAAUCGAUUUAUUCCUAAGCUACUUUCUGUUACAUUUAACACUCUGCCUGCGUGUAAUUGGUAAGCGUUUGGAGCGUUUGGGCAAUGCAACAGAAGACGAUGCAGUUACCAAAGAAUUCGUGAAGAUUAUGAAAAUGCAUCAGCGUGUUAUUGAUAUGUCUAAGCGCUGCGUGCAAAUGGUAUCCCUGCCUGUACUAAUGCAGAUUAUGCUAAGUUCAUUCAUAAUUUGCUUCAUCAUAUAUCGCUUGCAAAGUGUUUCCUUCAGGGAAAAUCCCGCUGAAUACUUGGCCAUGUUACAAUAUGUUGUAGCCAUGUCCAUGGAAAUAUUCUUACCUUGCUAUUAUGCCAAUGAAUUAACUGUGCAAUCAGAAAAGUUGAGUUAUCACCUUUAUUGCUGCGAUUGGACUGGAAUGUCCGUCUAUAAUAGGCGCAUGAUUUUCCUCUACAUGGAAUAUUUAAACCAGCCUUUGGUCUUGCAUGCCGGCCAAUUUUUCAAAAUCGGAUUACCUAUUUUUUCUAAGACUAUGAAUAAUGCCUACAGUCUACUGGCUCUUUUACUUCGCGUAAGUGAUGAUAAUAAAAAUUAAGGAUAAGUUACACUAGUAGUUUUCAAAUUAAUACUUUCUGCAUAAAU